UAUUAGUUCUUAAUUGUAAAUAUAAAUACGUUACUCAUUAACUAACACCAGAUAUCCAGAAUUCAUAGUUUAACUCUCCAAGUUUCAGCAGGAGGAAUAAUAGCAUCAGCCGAAGCCACCUACGCCAAUUUACAUAGUACGCCGGCAUACAGGACAAGGAUACACUAAUAUAGGGGUUCACAAAAGCAAUGACAGCCCUCAUCGAGGUAUCGCUAUCCUGGCUCUUCAAAAACGGCAAAGGCCACGACGAGAAGAGCUUCUAUAAGGCCCCCGCAUUCGCCGACUUAGAAGGGAAACAGGAAAUCACCGUCACGGCGCCGGAGAUUGGCCCUAGCAACUCAGUGCUCGGCGUCGAGUAUACACACGACGGCGCGGGCAAGUUCCCCAGUUUGCGCUGGGAGGCGCCACCGCACAUCGCGGGUCAAGUUAAGGAGUGGCUUUUGGUUUCGGAGGAUCCGGACGCGCCUCUACCUACGCCUAUCUGUCACGGUAUCUACACGGGAAUCCCGCCUACACGGACUAGUGUAGAGGCCGCUGACUUCGAGGUCGAAGACCCCGGAGAAGCGCUGUUGAAGGGCGGGUUUCAUUACGGCCGGUCGAGAAAUGGCCAGGUUUACAUCCCGCCUCGACCGUUGAUGAAUCACGGACCGCAUCGAUAUUUCUUCGAAGUGGUAGCACUCAAAGAACCGUUGAAUCCUAGUUUGCUAAGUGCGGCGACGACUAGAGAGCAAAUUGCCGAUGCUAUUAAUGGUAAGGUCUUAGCGUGGGGUAUGUGGAUAGGAGUCGCGGAAAGAAAGUGGGAAUAAAGAGAGAUUUUGUGAACAAUGUGUGACAUUUGGGUUAUUGUAUUUAUUGUAUACCUGUAGAGCUGGUAGAGUUGAAGUAUGAGAAUAUCCAAAGGC